AUGUCCCAGUUUCUCUGUCUGAAGAACAUCCGAACCUUCCUGAAGGUGUGUCACGACAAAUUUGGGUUAAGGAACAGCGAUUUGUUUGAUCCCUUCGACCUCUUCGAUGUGCGGGAUUUCGGGAAGGUGAUCUCUGCAGUAUCCAGGCUCUCCUUCCACAGUAUUGCUCAAACCAAAGGAAUUAGGCCCUUCCCUUCGGAGGAGACCACGGAAAACGAUGAUGACGUGUAUCGGAGCCUGGAGGAGCUGGCAGACGAGCACGAUCUGGGGGAGGACAUUUAUGACUGCGUCCCCUGCGAAGAUGAAGGCGAUGAUAUCUACGAAGAUAUCAUCAGAGUGGAAGUUCAGCAGCCCAUGAAAAUGGGAAUGACAGAAGAUGACAAAAGAAAUUGCUGCUUGCUAGAAAUCCAAGAAACUGAGGCCAAAUACUACAAAACACUUGAAGAUAUAGAAAAGAACUAUAUGAACCCCCUGAGGCUGGUACUGACUCCCCAAGACAUGGAAGCUAUUUUUAUCAAUUUGGAGGACCUAAUUAAAGUGCACUUCAGUUUCCUGAGAGCCAUCGAUGUCUCUAUGAUGUCUGGAGGAAGCAGCCUGGCAAAAGUGUUUCUGGAAUUCAAAGAGAGGCUGCUGAUUUAUGGCAAGUACUGCAGCCACAUGGAGUAUGCCCAGAACACCCUCAACCACCUCCUUGCCAACCGGGAGGACGUCCGGCAGAAGGUGGAGGAAUGCACACUAAAGGUCCAGGAUGGGAAAUUUAAAUUGCAAGAUCUGCUGGUGGUUCCAAUGCAGAGAGUUUUGAAAUAUCAUCUCCUGUUGAAGGAGCUGCUCAGCCAUUCCUCAGACCGACCAGAGAAGCAACAGCUGAAGGAGGCUCUGGAGGCGAUGCAGGACUUGGCCAUGUACAUCAAUGAAGUAAAGAGGGACAAGGAGACUUUAAAGAAAAUAAGUGAAUUUCAGAGCUCUAUAGAAAACCUGCAAGUGAAGCUGGAGGAGUUUGGGAGGCCGAAGAUCGACGGGGAGCUGAAGGUGCGCUCCAUAGUCAACCACACCAAGCAGGACAGGUAUUUAUUUUUAUUUGAUAAAGUGGUGAUCGUCUGCAAAAGGAAAGGCUACAAUUAUGAGCUGAAAGAAAUUAUUGAGCUGCUCUUCCACAAGAUGACUGAUGACCCCAUGAAUAACAAGGACAUUAAGAAGUGGUCAUACGGCUUCUACCUAAUCCACCUUCAGGGGAAGCAGGGCUUCCAGUUCUUCUGCAAGACAGAAGAAAUGAAGAGGAAGUGGAUGGAGCAGUUUGAAAUGGCAAUGUCCAACAUAAAGCCAGAGAAAGCCAAUGCAAAUCACCAUAACUUUCAGAUGUACACAUUUGAAAAGACGACCAACUGCAAAGCCUGCAGGAUGUUCCUGAGAGGAACCUUCUACCAAGGCUAUCUUUGCCCCAAAUGUGGAGCAGGUGCUCAUAAGGAGUGCUUGGAGAUCAUUCCUCCCUGCAAGAUGGGUUCUUCAGCAGACCAGGAUUCACUGGGUGCUGGACCUGGUCCUAAAAUGGUGGCAGUUCAGAAUUACCAUGGAAACCCAGCCCCUCCUGGGAAGCCGGUGCUGACCUUUCAAAUUGGGGAUGUGAUCGAGCUGCUGAGGGGGGACCCAGACUCUCCAUGGUGGGAGGGACGGCUGCUGCAGACGAAGAAGUCGGGUUAUUUCCCCAGCUCAUCAGUAAAGCCCUGCCCUGUGGAUGCCAGGCCUCCCAACAGCCGGCCGCCCUCGCGGGAGAUCGACUACACGGCGUACCCGUGGUUUGCAGGGAACAUGGAGCGGCAGCAGACGGACAACCUGCUCAAGUCUCACGUCAGCGGCACCUACUUGAUCCGGGAGCGGCCGGCCGAGGCCGAGCGCUUUGCCAUCAGUAUUAAGUUCAACGAGGAGGUGAAGCACAUCAAGGUGGUGGAGAAGGACAACUGGAUUCACAUCACAGAAGCCAAGAAGUUCGAAAGCUUGCUGGAGCUGGUCGAGUACUACCAGAGCCACUCGCUGAAGGAGAGCUUCAAGCAGCUGGACACGACACUGAAAUACCCCUACAAAUCUCGGGAGCGCUCUACCUCCAGGACCUUCACCCGCUCCCCAGUGUUCACCCCACGGGUCAUAGGGACGGCGGUGGCUCGGUACAACUUCGCGGCGCGGGACAUGCGGGAGCUCUCGCUGCGGGAGGGCGACGUGGUGAAGAUCUACAGCAGGAUUGGCGGGGACCAGGGAUGGUGGAAGGGGGAAACCAACGGAAGAGUCGGCUGGUUUCCCUCGACGUACGUGGAAGAGGAGGGGGUGCAGUGACUGCGGGGAUGUUUGGUGGAAGUCGUCGAGCGCCCAGAGCCGCUGCAGCCCGAGCACGCCUGUCCCGACGCCCGCAGCUCCCCGUGAGACGCGGCCGGGCACCUCCCAGGAGCCUCCCAGGACUGCUCUCGCAGCCUCCUCAGCAAUCCUUCCUCUGUACAGUGUGUGUGCACAUGUCGGGGCCGCCCCGGCCCCGCUCCUGUUCCAUGUAUAGAAGAUUGAUGGUCCGUCGGAUAACGUUGGUGUAGCAGCUGCGGAAGAGUCCCGGGAGAGCUGCGCUCCCCCUGCAUGGACAGAGCUGAGAGACUCUGGGGGGUCUGCACCUCUCUUUUAAAGGUGUUUUAAAAGCCACCGUGGUGAUGGUGGUGGGAGGGUGAGGCUGAAGGUUUGUGCCUGGGUGUGCCGGGGUGAGAAUCUGGGGGUUUCUAAGGGGAGGGAGUGAUCCAGCCCCAAGGAGACAAUGCAGACCCCCUGCCCACACCACUCGGGUGGGCUCCCCAGGUCAGGAUUUUGGCAGUGUCCCUGGCAGGGGACAGGGUGAGGAGCAGAGCAGAGACACACAGAGGAGAGGGCUGUUGCUUGGCUCUGAAGGGAUGUCAGCUGUGAAACCAUUUUGACCAUCAGACAUGGGCUGGAAGUGGAUCUUCAAAUCAGACAGGAGGGGAAGGAGCAGCUUUGGCAUCCCCAAGCCUGUUUUCUUUACAACCACCUCAGUCCCAGCAGCCUUGCUGCAGGUGGAGGGGGCUGCCCAGGGAGCAGACUGGUCCCACUGGUGAGAGCAGGAGGUCUCAGUGUGUUGCAGGACUGGAGAUGUGCUUUGCCACACAAGGGCUUUGGAGGCCACCAAGACACCAGAUACAUGCAGAGGAGCAUGUGUCCCUGGGUCUGUCCUCCUCUCCCUCUCAGCAGGACCCCCCCAAGCCAGGCUGAUUUUUCUUGCAGCCAUGACCAUGUCCCACCUCGCUGAGCUCAGGGCCAACCCACCUGAGUAAGGGCUACGGUGUCAACUCCUGAUUCCUCUCCCUGAGUUGUGAAAGCAUCUCUUCUUCCCAGCUGUGUGCACUUUUGGGGGCUGUGAGCAUUGCCUCCUCCCUUCCUCCCACAGGCUGUUACUGCUGCUGCUGUCAAGUAAAGGUCCGCCUGUUUUGACAUUCCCGCUGUGUCCUGAGCACCAUCUGUCUGAGCCUGUUCUUCCCAAAGUCUGGAGUUGCCGGCUGGAAAUCCCAGCCCUUGUCUUCUGCUGGGGACUGGCUUCACUCUUUGGCUCCAGAAUUCCCUUCCAAAGGACAACUACGUGUGUGGGAGUGUGACAGGGAACAACUUUCCUGUAUCUGAGCCCCAGGAGCUGCCCUUCAGCUUCCCCCAAUACGUAGCAUUUUCAGCUGGUGCUUCCAUGCCCUGACUUUGUUCCCCUGGGACUCGUGGUGGUCCUGCUGUGUUCCCAGUGUGGGGUCUUGGCAUUGUGCUGGUGCAUGUCUGGGAGAUGCCAGCAUUGGGUGGGUGAGCAGUGCUGAUGCCCUUGGUCCCUGGCACAGGGGUACCCUGUGCAGCAUCCAGAUGUAGCAGCAGUGCCAUGCUCAGGAUAAGAAAUAGAAGUUUGGGACUCUUAAGGACAAGGGAAUGAUGUUAACUUGGGAAUUACAAGCUUUUGCUCAGUGACAAGCCCAGAGCCACCCUAUUUUGCUUCCCAUUCCUCCAGGAGCUCUGUGAGUGCCCCCGUUCAGGGUGCCACAGGGGGAGUGGGGUGGGUUCAGCAGAGUGUGGCUGGGGCAGAUGCCCACCAUGGGUCUUGCUUGGUGAGGUGAUGGGAACAUGAGGGGGCUCAAGGCUUUCCCAAGGUACUGUUUGGUGCUAACCCCUCCCAGCCCCUUGAUUCUCAGCUUAGAAGAGAGCUGGCAAUGCCCUGCUCCUGUGCAGAGCAGAGGGCCCUGUUCCCAUUCCGGGAGCUGUGUUGGAGCUGAGGGUGCAUUUGGGUGGAUGGGACACACACACACACGUGACAAACGAUGGCUCAUACUAUGCCUCAGAUCCUAAAGCCUUACAGACCCUCCCUUUAACGUGGCCAAUUUUGUAAGGUGGCGAGGUCAUCCCCUCUGGGAGAGCACGUCCCUGUCACAGGGACCAGGACACCCCUGUUCCUCAUGCCCCAAAGGGAUCCCCAACCUCUGCCUGUGCUGCCCUCCCAGCCCUGCCAAACCCCCUCCCCUCCAGGGAACCCUCCCUCUUGUGUUUACUGGUGUAAGAAACUUGUUAAAAAAGAUUGUUUUGUUUGUAAGUAAUUAUUCAGCCAUUUGCCACAAAUAUAUCUGUGAAUAAGAAAGGGAAAUGUUUUUUUAUGAUGGCGAGAAAAUUGUAUAUAUAUUUUAGUUCAUCGCAGACCAUUCGAAAUUGCAAUGGGAUACGUUGGAAAAUAAUAUGUAAAUUCCUUGGGUUUUUCCUUUGCACUGCACUAACUGGGGUAGGGUGGAGGGGGUUUAAAGAUAAAACUGUUUAUGAAAUAGUUUAUAGCUGGGAAUUUGGAAAUCAUUUGGAAUAGCUUGUAAUGCUGGAAUAGAAACUUUAGCUGCUACUUAGAAAUCCUUUUGCAUGUGGUUUUUCCAGACCUUUUUAAGUUACAAUACAUCAAAGUAAAUUCCACAGCGAAAAAAAAUAAAGUGUAAUUUUGCUGA